UAUAAAUAUACUGAAUGUGAGAAAUCUUGUAUUAAGGAAUUAUACCUCACCUCACAUCAGAGAGCACCUACACAGGAGAAGCUUUAUGGUUGUAAUGAACAUGAGAAAAAUUUUUGUCAGAAGUCAGACCUUACAAUGCAUCAGAGAACUCACACAGGAGAAAUGUACUAUGGAAAUAUUAACUGUGGAAAAACCUGUGAGAAUUCACUCCUCAGCCAUCCUGAGAGAAUUCACACAGGUGAACCAGAUGGAUGUAAUGAAUGUACAAUAUUUUUCCACCAUGAGUCUGACAUCACUGUACAUCACAGAAUUCACACAAGUGAGAAACCAUGUAGAGAAUAUAAAAAAAAUUUUUACAGUAAUAAAUGUGGUGAAGACUUUCUCCAAACGUCAUACCUCAGCAUUCAUCAGAGAACUCACACAGGUCAGAAACCAUAUGAAUGUAGAGAAUGUGGAAAAGCUUUUAACCACAAGAGAGAAUUCAGCAGGCAUGAGAGAACACAUACAGGUGAGAAACCGUAUGAAUGUAAAGAAUGUGAAAAAGCUUUUAGCCAAAAGUCACACUUCAGCAUUCGUCAGAGAACUCAGACAGGUGAGAAACAAUAUGAAUGUAAAGACUGUGGAAAAACUUUUAACCAAAAGUCACACCUCAGCAUUCAUCAGAGAAAUCAUGCAUGUGAUAAACUGUAUAAAUGUAGAGAAUGUGGAAAAACUUUUAACCGAAAGUCAAACCUCAGCAGGCAUCAGAAAAGUCACACAGGUGAGAAACCAUAUGAAUGUAAAGAAUGUGGAAAAGCUUUUAAGUUAAAGUCACAUGUCAGCAUUCAUCAGAGAAUUCACACAGGUGAGAAACCAUAUGAAUGUGAAGACUGUGGAAAAGCUUUUAGGGAAAAGUCACAACUCAGCAUUCAUCAGAGAAUUCACACAGGUGAGAAACCAUAUGAAUGUAGAGAAUGUGGAAAAACUUUUAACCAAAAGUCAAACCUCAGCAUUCAUCAGAGAAAUCACACAGGUGAGAAACCAUAUGAAUGUAGAGAAUGUGGAAAAACUUUUAACCGAAAGUCACAUCUCAGCAGGCAUCAAAAAUGUCACACAGAUGAGAAACCAUAUGAAUGUAAAGAAUGUGGAAAAGCUUUUAGAGAAAAGUCAAACCUCUGGAGGCAUGAGAUAACUCAUACAGGUGAUAAACCAUAUGAAUGUAAAGAAUGUGGAAAAGCUUUUAGUGAAAAAGCAGAACUCAGCAGGCAUGAGAGAAUUCACACAGGUGAGAAACCAUAUGAAUGCAAAGAAUGUUUAAAAGGUUUUAACUGCAUGUCCUACCUCAGCAGCCAUCAAAGAAUUCACAUACGUGAGAAACCAGGUGAAUGUAAGGAAUGUGGGAAAACAGUUUACUGGAACUCACCAUAA